GACGUGCACUAGAGACACUCCCUGUUUUCUGCACCCCAACAUUUCGUCUUUAACGAUGCUCCUCACCCGCACAGGUCUUCUACUAUUUAUCGGCUUCACAUUGAUACAAAGCCAUGAAGUCAAUCGCGUCGCCAUCGGCUCGAAUAUAACAUUUUCUUUUAAGCCGUGCAAACUGAACGCACUCUACAAGAUCCAUCAUGAUCAUGUGGCCAUCCACAUCCCCUGCAAUUACAGUUAUCUUAUACCUGAUAAGUAUGAAGGAAGGGUCAGUGUGAAUGAAUCCACCGGACGGGUCACCAUAAGCAAUAUAACCAAGAGGGAUGGCGGCAUUUAUACUCUGGAAUACAGGAACGGCAAUGGGCUUAGAGAAUUAUACCGCCAGAUCAGAUAUGAGGUUCAUGAUCUUGUCUGGAUCAAGGAGCUAUCCCGGAACGACACGGGGGCAACUCUAUCUUUUACUGUUGUCUGUGAUGGAGAACCGGAUGCAGUUAACUGGACCAUGGAUGGAGAAGACCUGAGAGACGGGAGCUGGCUGAGCCAUGAUAACUGGACACUCACCGUUCCGAACAACAUCACUGCCUCGUUCACAGUUCAUGUCUCCAAUCUAGUCAGUGCGGACAGCAAAAAUAUUACUCCCAUAAACGAUCUCAAUGGAAAAUCCAAUCUUUUGGGGGUCGUCAUGUACCCGAACAUUACCAAAGUGAUAUGGGCCGAUGGCGGAGGCCGGCCCAGCAAUCAGACACUCAUUCUCUCGAGGAAGGUCACCAACCUCUAUGUCCUGACCCCGUCAGCUGUUCAGGUAAGGUACAUCCAGAACACACUUGUAAGGGGUUGUCUGGUCAACUGUAUGGACGCUAUAAGCCGAGCCAAACAAAUACACUCAGCAGACCGCCCCUUUAAAGAGGUAAUACUUCUCCAGGACAGAGAGCGUAGAUCGAGAUUCUUCAUCCUACCAGUCCUUUGCAUCUCACUUCUGGCGGCGAUUGGGCUUUUUGUCUUUUGGAAAAAUAGUUGAUUUUUUAGCAUCUUAGUCGAUGGAGCUUUCACAUCAUCUCGGGGUCUUGCUGCUACAGAGUUGUGGACUAUCAGCCAUGAAUAUUGUAAUAUGCACAAGAUGGACUCGCUUUAGCGCAUCAUCAGAAUGGCUGGCAGAAUCCCUGGUACUCAGUUACCAUCACUGGAAGACAUCUUCACUGCUCGCUGCAGCAACAGGGCAAAAAUUAUCUGCGGGGAUCCAACUCACCGCGGCCACA